GUGACGGGGUGAGAGAGGGAGAUGCUGCGGGUGUCGGAGGACGGCGGCCGGCGGCGGGAGGCGCACGCGGCGGGGUACCGCGAGCUCGGCCGCGCCCUGCUCGACCUGCAGGCAGCCGCCGACCAGGUCUUCGACGCCGUCACGCGACGGACCGCGGAGGAGCGGGAGAAGCUCUCGGUUAUUUCCCGGCGGAUCGACGCUGCCAAAGCUAAGAUCAAAACAUUAUCUCAGUCAGAGGAAUCAUUGACAAUUGUAUCACCAGCACACCAUCCUUCAAGUUGUACAAAGCAAGAGGACUUCAGACCGUUGUUUCAUGACAAAUAUGAUCACCAUAGUGGUAGACCGUCCAUAGCAACUAUUUCAGUAAAUGGAGGAUUUAACAGAGAAUAUGGACUAGAAGGCACUCUUGAACUCUUUCAAUUUUUCUCUGAGGAGAAUUACGACUAUACUUCAAACGAAGGCCGUUUAAAGGUUAGAAAUAAUCUUGCUGAGAUUAAAGAUGACACAUAUGUAGGGAGUCUUUUGGAUAAAUCAAACUUUCCAACUCCACGGAACAUUUCAAUAUCUGGACUGGACAUGAAGAGUGAAGAACUGCCACCUCCACCACCAAGUCUAAUAUCAAAACACCUGGCUGUUCGUGUGGAUGAAUAACAAUCAAGAAAUACUUGAUUUGAUGAAUGUUAAGUGUGAGAAAUGCGCUCCGGCAUCACAUCUACCUGGAAGGAACUGAGCUUCUCAGAAGAGACCACUGAGGUACUAAUGCAUUUCCCAUCUUAUUCUCUCUGUUCUCCAUUCUUACACCUUAAUUGUCUAUUUGUGCAAUUUCGUUGCCAGUUGAAAUGCAUAUAUUCCUUGGGUAGAUCCCUUCACCCCCGGCUAGAAGUAACAUUACUACUUCCAUGCACUUCCUGCUUGAUCAUUUACCCAUGUAGAAAUGUACAUGCAGCACGCACACCAGGCAAAAAAGGAUUCAGCUUAGUCAUAUCAGGUAUGUGCUUGACGCAUGUUCUGAGCAAUCUGGCCUUUAUCUUCUGAUUCUAAUAGUCAAUAAUUUGUCUUAACUUCUUGUCUGGUCUCUUCUGGCCAUCUAGGUAUAUAACUCAGGUUUGUCAUUUAUAAAAGGUGGUUGGAAUUUCCUUGAUGCUUAUCUCCUGUUUAAUCUGUUUCUCUUGCCCCUUAAGGUCCCUGUGACAAAGUGAAGAUCCUGUACGCGUCAAAUGUGUUUAUUAAGGUUUAGAAAGUGGCGGGAUCAGUAUAUUCUGCCGCACCUCACACGUGUCCCCUUUUGAACUUGUGAUUUGAUUAAGAGAUAGGAGUAGGUUUCUUGGGCAACAGAAACCUUUCGUGCUAUAUAGGAGUAUAUUAUUAAGAAAAUCUUACCUUGUUGACGUGAUGCGUCUGCAGCGCAUGCACGAAAGUGUCGGCAUUCUGUUCAUCUUAAGAAGUUCGACGGAAUCUGGAUGAUGACACCCCAGAUUUACUGUGAAGUUUCAUGGAUUUGUUCUCCAAAGUUCUUCACUACUUUGGGCAGUUUCACCCCCUUCACGGCUAUAAAAGGCAGCAUGAUUAGAAGCCUGCAAAAAACCAGAGCAGGUACAAUGGCAGGCUAUAAGCUAACUAUAAACAUAUUUUAAAUAGAUAAGAGGGGAGAGAGGUGGGUUACUAAUUUUUAGCCAGCUGCACACAGGCUCUAAGAAACAGCGUGGGUAUGAUAUAUGGAACCAUGUACUAAUAUUUUAUAGGUAAUUAUGGUAUGAAUUGACUAUAGAGUAAUUAGAGCUAGUAGUUAGACUAUCCUAUUGAACUUAGACCAGCUCAAUUCAGACACCCUUGAUUUCCUUCUCACGCUCCUUGAUUAGAGCGUAGAGCAACACAGUAAUUAAUUAAGCUCGACCGAGAUGGAGCUCGCUGCCUGCAACCGCGGGGCGUCGCCGUCGUCCUCCUCGCGCACGGUGUCGACGCGGCGGCGCGCCCGCCGCCCCACGCGCGGGACGGCGGAGAGGCCAGGCGGCUGAUCGGCGGCGCCGCCGCCGUCGUCGGUGAUGAAGCGGCGCUCGUCCAGCACGUGGCGCGCCGCGUGUUGCUGCCGGUGGUGAACGCGGCGGACGUGUCCAAGCAUUCCUGCGGCUCCAACUACGAACCUCCUUGCCACCCUUGAACUGCCUGAUCAAUUCGUUAUUAAAUUCGUUGUACUUGUCACUGGAUACUGAUCUGAUGUCCGGUCAAAUUAUGUACUCUAAGUUAGUAGUAGCAGCAGCAUGCAAGCUGCAGCAUUGGUGACCUUGUGUCAAAACAGUUCGCAAGUGUUGCAUGCUUGCUACUGCUACAUUAUAAUAAUGAAAACAUCGUAGUCCCGAUCCUGUAAAAUACGUUGUGAUUUGUGAUUUAUGAUUGUUUAUGAAUGGUAAUUAAGCCUCGUUUUGUU